GCCGCCAGGGGGCGCCGCAGGCUGUCUGGCGCUCAGCUCGCGGCCCGGGAGCGGCGGCGCUGGCGAGCGGCGGAGGCUGGCCCGGCAGCGGCCAUGGACCGGUUCGUGUGGACCAGCGGCCUCCUGGAGAUCAACGAGACCCUGGUGAUCCAGCAGCGCGGGGUGCGCAUCUACGACGGCGAGGAAAAGAUUAAAUUUGAUGCAGGGACCCUUCUUCUUAGUACACACCGACUAAUUUGGAGAGACCAGAAAAAUCAUGAGUACUGCAUGGCUAUUCCUCUUUCCCAGAUUGUGUUCAUUGAAGAACAGGCAGCUGGAAUUGGGAAAAGUGCCAAAAUAGUGGUUCAUCUUCAUCCAGCUCCUGCUCACAGAGAACCUGGUCCAUUCCAGAGUAGUAAGAACUCCUACAUCAAACUCUCUUUCAAAGAACAUGGCCAGAUCGAGUUUUACAGGCGUUUAUCAGAGGAAAUGACACAGAGAAGAUGGGAGACUAUGCCAGUUUCUCAGUCAUUACAAGCAAAUAGAGGACCCCAGCCAGGAAGAAUAAGGGCUGUAGGAAUUGUAGGUAUUGAAAGGAAACUGGAAGAAAAAAGAAAAGAAACUGACAAAAACAUUUCUGAGGCCUUUGAAGACCUCAGCAAGCUCAUGGUCAAGGCUAAAGAAAUGGUGGAGUUGUCAAAAUCAAUUGCUAAUAAGAUUAAAGACAAACAAGGUGAUAUCACAGAAGAUGAGACCAUCAGAUUUAAAUCCUAUUUGCUGAGCAUGGGGAUAGCAAACCCAGUCACCAGGGAAACCUACGGCUCUGGCACACAGUACCACAUGCAGCUGGCCAAACAGCUGGUUGGAAUAUUGCAGGCACCUUUAGAGGAACGAGGAGGAAUAAUGUCUCUCACAGAGGUGUACUGUUUAGUAAACCGAGCUCGAGGAAUGGAGUUGCUCUCACCAGAAGAUUUAGUGAAUGCAUGCAAGAUGCUGGAGGCGCUGAAAUUACCGCUCAGGCUCCGAGUUUUUGACAGUGGCGUCAUGGUAAUUGAGCUUCAGUCCCACAAGGAAGAGGAAAUGGUGGCCUCAGCCUUGGAGACAGUUUCAGAAAAGGGAUCCCUAACCUCAGAAGAGUUUGCCAAACUGGUGGGAAUGUCCGUCCUGCUGGCUAAAGAAAGGUUGCUUCUUGCAGAGAAGAUGGGGCAUCUUUGCCGAGAUGAUUCAGUGGAAGGCUUGCGGUUUUACCCAAAUUUAUUUAUGACACAGAGCUAAGGGCUUUGUACUGGAAAUACUUCUUAUCCAAAUACUUGCAUCAUGUAGGGCUUAUAUAACAUUGAGCUAAGAGUAAACCUUGAAAGACAGAAUUUACUGGACUUGUGCAGUACAAUAGAAAACCCUUUUACUCCUCCCUAAAUAUUAGGGUCCAGGAAGCUUAUUUAGGGUAGAUAUAGGAAAAUCCAGAAAAAUGGAUGCCUACAUGAAUUUGAAAUUGUGCUAUAUCUGUAUAGGACCUUCAGAGUGUAGCUUAAAAUAUGGUGGAUUUUAACUUGAACCCUCAAGUUUAACUUUUUUUUUUUUUUUAAAGAAGCAAAUUUAGUUCAUGGGGGGAAAACAGAGAAGCUGCAUGUUUGGACAGGUUAGAUCAUUAUCUUCAUGUGAUCAAAAUUCACAGAAUUAUAAAUGAGGUUUAAUAAAUGCCCAUUUCAGAUGGUCUUCAUGAAACAACUCAUACCCACAGGGUAGCUUAAGAACUGAACAACAUUGGAAUAAAAUAUCGAACCACAGAAUGCUCUAGGCAGCUCCCCUAAGUGCUUUUGGGAGUAUUUAUCAACAUAUCUUCAUCAAACCAAAUAAAGCUCCUUAGACAUGGAGAACUUUAUUUGACUUACAGAAAUAUAUAACAUGAUAUUUUUCUUUUUCGUGAUGAUUUCAUGACUAGCAUUUAAAGAAUGCAGCUAUGUCAUUUUGUUUUAAAAAUGCUGUGGAUUUGUAACCUGACUUAAAGAGCUGUAUAGACAUGCCCAGAGAUAUGAUUCAAAUUUCGAAAGUAGAUGGCUCAGGAAUUCCCAAGAAUGCUUGUCAGAUGGAGGGCCAAGGAGAGCCUUUCACUAAUUUCACAGGAAUCUUGGUGCUUUUUUUACCUCAAAGCCAAGGACAGGAAAAUAGAAAGUAUAAUAUGUCUCCUUUACCUUCCUUUAAGGAGUUUCAAAACUAAACUUUAAAAAAUUCCAUCAGAUUCCACCUAUAUAUUUUUUUCUUUGCUCCACACAUUAAUAAAUUUUGUGGAGAAACUAUCUCAGUGAACAGAAUUACUGAGAUAACAAGAACCGGCUAAUGUUGAAUUUAGGUUGCUUGAGUUUAUAAGUGGACUGCCUGACUUCAUCUGUGACUGCUAGACAGCACACAGCAUGGUGGCAUUACCUCACACUCAGGGACCCCUUAGGGACGAAGGAGACUUUCUGAGACUUGAGGUGGAAGUGAAAGGUAGUGAUGGCUUUUGGCCAAGCCUCCACAAGGGACAAUAUCUUUAUUAAGAGAAUUAUUUGGAACAGGAGGAAGGGAUACCCGGGCUCACAAUUGGGAUCCCUAAGACAUUUCGAGUGUGGUGCCAAAGGCUGCUACAAUGUUCCUUCCGGAAGUUGCAGCCCCAAGGAAGCCCUCCAAGUGCAAGAAGAGUCAAGCCACAUCCUGCCUGCAAAGUGGCCAUCACUGCUUGUAACCCCAGUACUGUGACUGAGGCACCUUGUCUUUGGUCUUGUUUUCAAACCUAGAACUGAUUCUACCUUGUGGUUAGAGAGCUCCUAACUCCGUACUUGCUCAGGCAUGGGUCUGUUGUGGGGGAAGAUUUAGUGUCUGCGUGCCCAAGCCCUUUGGGUCAUAGUGUAAGAUUAACUCUAUGUUAGCACUUACUCUCACAGGUUUGCUCUCAAGUGCAUGCAUGCAUGCUUGCACACACACACACACACACACACAGUUAUCUCAGUUGCCUAAAGUUUUUAAAAAUUACAGACAUUUAAAAGUGCUAAAGUCUAUUUUACCAUUUGGAGUAAGCUGCAGUUGAAAUUGUUGAGCUAGUUUAUCUAGCUCCAGUGAUUUGAACUAUAGCAAACUCUCAUCAUUCAAGAGAACUUAGUUACAUUAGAGUGACAACAGAUUAACAAAAACAGAGCAAUCUGAGUUAAAUAAAGUGAACUAAAAAGGAAGAAAAAUGACAAGAAUAUAUUUUGCAAAUGUCUCAUUAAUUAGAAACAAAUAUGAUUGAUUUUAUUGUUUUAUGUUUUAGUGGGUCUUAACAGUCUGCUGAUCGCCGUAUAUCUGCUUUUAUCUUUCUGUUGUUGUUGCCAAGUAAGGAGUUAUUUUGGUUUUCUUAUUGGUAGAGGUUAUGUUUAAAUACAACCAAUCACGCCCUAAGUGCAAAAAAGUUCUGUCUUGGUGCUUUAUCACUGGUAUAAUUAUUGUUUUUGUUUUCCUAACUUUGCUCUUAGGAACAUAAAUCUGUAGCUUUUUGUUACUGGAAUAUUUCUGGUUAUAUACUGUCAAAAUUUUUUUACAUUGUACAAGCAAAGAUUGUUUACAUGGUUAAAUGAUUGUCAUUAAUGUAUAUAGGGUAAAAUUACUGCAAAAUUUGAAAAUGUUUUUUCUUGGUAUUCUUUUUAAAUACUGUUUGAAAAAUAUGUGGAAAUGAUAAACCUUUAGUCAGAAUAAGCCAGUAUGCCAAGAUUUUUUCUUCUAAGUUUUAUGAUCAAGAGUUGAUUAUAAAUAUUUAUAAUCUCAGGCUCUUAAAGUUUUGGCUGUUUUAAAAGAAUAUCAGUGGCUCAUGAACUGUUUUUAAGAAAAUUCUUGAUGUGAAUUUCACUGUUGUUGACCAUAUGUAUUCAUGUGAAUGUAUUACCUCUUGUUCCCCAUUACCAGACUACUCUGGCCAGAUGUGGAUUCAUCAUGUCAUUCUCAUGCUCCAGUAGUUUAAAUGACUCUCCUUUGUCUAACAAUCUCAGAUUUUCAUUUUGGUUCAGUAGAGUUCAUUUUAUCAGGUGGUUAGGUUUUUAAAGACUAUGGCUAAGGAUGAAAUCAAGCAUGCUCAAAAUGAUCCUCAAACUCUCCUAAAUUGCCAAUAAAGUACUCUAUACAGUCUA